ACUGUAUGCACUCACUGAUAAGUGGAUAUUAGCCCAAAAGCUUAGAAUACCCAAGAAACAAUUCACAGACCAUAUGAAGAUCAAGAAGAAAGAAGACCAAAAUGUGGAUGCUUCAGUCCUUCAUGGAAGCAAGGCCACAUCAAGUAAACCUCAGCAAGAAAAAAGGACCACCAACAAGGAACUGAGGGUUCGAAUACACGACCAUAUGCAACAUUUCACAUUCAAACAGAGACACUCGGAGCUCCCCGGCCCCCAUUUUAACAGCAGCCUUGUGGGUUACACUAAGCACAGUUAACACAGUUAACAUGAGCUCUGCGAGACAUGAAGGCACAUUUCGUCUCUGUUAUCACAUUGUCCCCUCAUGGAUCUCAAGCUUUCCACACGCUGGUAAUGAACUAUAUAAAGAGGAACAUAGAGAGCUGCUUCCUGGUGUGCAGUAUCCUGGGUGUUUAUCCUCGUUCACAUAUCGCAUGGGAAAUGGACAAUAGUAUCCCGGAAAGCAGUUCAGAAGAAACUGGGGCUCCUGGUCCAUUUCAUAUUAAAAGUACAGAGAAUAUUACAGGAUCCAAUUCAUCUUUUGAGUGUGCUAUUGAAAAUUCUCUUCUCAAGAAAACAUGGAGGCGAGAGAUGGUACAAUGUGCCUAUGGAAUUCAGAGAAUGAUAUGUGGGAGUUGGUUCUGCCCUUCUGCCAUGUGGAUACUGGCUAUUGAACUAAGGUUGCCAGACUUGGCGGCAGGUGCUCAUUGGAGGAAUCAAAGUGACUCCAUUUCACUCUGGUGUACGGUCAGGAGCAAUUUUUCUUGACCAAACCAAAAUUUUCAUGUUACUUGGUUCGAGGUAGAAAAUGGGAGAUACUCUGUCUUGGACUAGAAUAUGAGUUCACCACAGGACACAAUUGCUACUUACCCUCAAUUCUCAUAGAAUAAAGAGCUGAUAGAUCACAGUUCCUUCCCUGUCACUUUGAAAGAUCGUCAUGUGUGAGAUCGUGGCGAACAUUUGUGUAAUGUUUCUUCAACUGAGUGUAGUUUUCUCACUCUCCACAGGGUGCAUGUAGGUAAGUUGCAAAUAGGACUGGCUAAUCAACUUCUGAUGUUACAACAAAGGUUCGGUAAGACUUUUCAAAAUGUCACUGAUGAAGCUACUUUUCCUCAUGGUGGUAGGAGACACAACCAUCUUUUGAUCAGCUACUCCCAGAAGAGUUCUUUUUCAUUGUUUCUGUGUUUUUAAAGGAAGGGAAAUACGCAUGUUUUGGUGGUUCUAAGAUAAAUACCUUCAAUUCUUGCUCACUGCCCUUUGUAAUAUAUACCCUAUAGUUUUGGUUUGGGAGCUGAAGCUGUAGGCACAGGGGAAGUUAGCAUUGGGUACUACUGGAUGCUGGCAAACGUUAAUUUGGUGGAAAAAAUGACCACAUAAUAUAUGAAGCCCAUUCUUGAUGUACUCAGGUCUGCUCAUUUUUCACUCCUCUCAGUUGCCAAAAUCUUUGUUUAUAAGGAAUAUUUCUAGUCUACUGGCCAUAGUCAAAGAAUGUGGGCCAUGUAGUUGGCUUUCUGGGUAACGUGGUUGACUUCCCCACUCUUACUCUAUGGCCUUGUCACAGAGGAAACCCCAAUUUCAUCCCUUAAUAAGGAUAUUUGAUGUUAUGAAAAUUAUUAUGUGUCUCAAGAAUUUUUAGUUAUCCAUGUGUUAUGUGAUCUUCAAAGAAGGCUUCUAUGCUCAGUGAUAAAAUCCCUUUUGAUGAUAUAGAAUGGAAAAAUAAGGAUGCAUUUAUAAUUCCUAUUUUUUCUCCCCAAUAAGAGUGUUAGUUUUAUGUAAAAUGCAGUGAAGCCCAAAUUCUAUUUUUAAAACCAUUGCCUCAUAUUGGAUUCAUUUUGGAGUAUAGAAAAACAAUCAGGAAGUAGCUGUCGGAAGACAACAUGUGCCCAUCUCCUUAAGCAGAAAUUUAGAUUUCAUUUCACCAAAAGUAAAGCAUCAGGGUAAUUCCAGCUCCAGAAAAGAUUUUACUUUCAGAACCUCUCAUUCUCACACAAGCCCUGUCCAGUGCAGCCUGGAGAGAUUCCGUCCACAUUCCCUAAGAAGAGGCUGAUAGCAGGAGCAUCCCAUCAGAGAAGGAACCAGGAUGACAGUCAUGUACUAGGUAUGAAGUUUUAACUGAGACUUGCUUUCUUAGCUAGUUCUCUUUCUAUUGCCGUGACAAAACACCAUGACCAAAGCAACUCGUGAAGGAAAGCAUUUAAUUUGGGCUCACAGUUGCAGAGUGUUAGAA